AUGGACCGGAUCGUCGGCAGCAAGUACAAGCUGGGCCGUAAGAUCGGGAGCGGCUCCUUCGGGGAGAUCUACCUCGCGACGCACGUCGACACCUACGAGAUCGUCGCCGUCAAGAUCGAAAGCAGCAAAACCAAUCAUCCACAGUUGCUAUAUGAGGCCAAACUGUACAAUGCUCUUCAAGGAGGGACUGGUAUUGCAAACAUAAAAUGGUGCGGCAUUGAUGGCGAUGAAAACAUUCUUGUUAUCGAUUUACUCGGACCAAGCCUUGAAGAUCUGUUUGUUUAUUGUGGCCGGAGAUUCUCACUGAAGACAGUCUUGAUGCUAGCGGAUCAGAUGAUAACAAGAAUAGAAUUUAUGCAUUCUAAAGGCUAUCUGCACAGAGACAUCAAGCCUGAUAACUUCCUCAUGGGCCUUGGUCGAAAAGCCAACCAGGUUUAUGUAAUUGACUUCGGGCUCGCAAAGAGAUAUCGUGAUUCAACCACCAACCGUCAUAUACCUUAUAGAGAAAAUAAAAACUUGACUGGCACAGCACGCUAUGCUAGCCACAAUACUCAUCUUGGGAUUGAGCAAAGCCGCAGAGAUGAUUUGGAAUCGAUUGGAUACGUUCUCCUGUAUUUCCUCAGGGGAAGUCUUCCUUGGCAGGGCUUGAAAGCAGCCACAAAGAAACAGAAGUAUGACAAAAUAAGUGAGAAGAAGCUUUCAACUCCUAUUGAGGCUCUAUGUAAAUCCCAUCCUGUAGAAUUUGCUUCCUAUUUCAACUUCUGCCAUUCUCUGACAUUUGAUCAGCGUCCUGAUUAUAGUUUGUUGAGGCUAAUCUUUCGAGAAUUGUUUGACCGCGAAGGCUAUCAGUUUGAUUAUGUGUAUGACUGGACUUUGUUGAAGUGUAAGCAAUCCCAGAAGGCUAAGGCUAAACAAGGAUGCUCUCAUGAUGCAGGCGUAAGCAGCCGUCCAGUUACAACGAAUGUGGACAAGCACCAAGUUGGUGUUGCACGCCCAAUUGACGCUUCAGGUCUGCUUGAAGCAGAACAACGCCCGGCAAUCAGAAUGCAAUUCAAGUGCAGUGCAGAAAACAGCCGUUCAAAUAAUCUGCAUCCUGAGAGAUUGGGAGUGGCUGCUAGCCCUAAUAAUGCAUUGCUGCAAUCCACGUCACUUGGCCAUGCUGAUGCUCCAAUGAACAAUGUGACACAUUCGAAAACACAGGGGUCCAUAGAUCCACACACUCGUGGAAGUUAUACUCCAGGGCCCUCUAACUGCAUUUAA